UUCUUCAGUGCAACACUAAAUGGACCUCAAUUAAUGUUGUUUGUUAUCCUAUAAUUUCUCAAAAACCAAAGUUUGACAUAGAAUAACCAAUUACAAAGAAUUGUUAACAUAAAAGUCUCAGUUCUCCGUUCACAAAAAUGAUGCGACUGUGUUUUGUCACAUUUAUGUUCUUGGUCCAUCAAAUAACUGCAGAAGAUGGAUGCGCAUCUGUCUGUACAUGCUCAGACAAUGUUGCCAACUGCAGCUACGUUGAGAUUGGGUCAAUACCCCACAGAGACGUUUUCAACAAUAAUCUCAAAAUGCUGGACCUGACUGGAAACUUUAUAGAACAUCUGACAGAUAACGCCCUUGUAGAUUAUGAGGGCCUUCAAAAUCUAAGCUUCCGAAACAAUUAUAUACGCGAUGUAAAUCGUCUGGCGUUUGCUGGAUUGUAUUCGAGUCUCGUGCACUUGGACCUCACGGGAAACAAGAUACAAACAAUCUUCGACGACACCUUCAAACGCAUCCCGGAACUGAAAACACUGCUCCUAUCCAACAACAGUGUUGCAACCCUUGAAAGAAACUCAUUCGGUGAUCCAGAGCAUUUGCAGUAUCUCGACCUCUCACUUAAUUACCUCUCAAUCAUUUUAGACGGAACAUUUGAUAGGAAUCAGGAACUACAGUUCUUGUCUUUAAGACACAACGAAAUUCAAAGCGUCGGAGAGCCAACGUUUAAAAUGCUACAUAAUUUGAGGCAUCUCGACCUGUCACACAACAAAAUCAGUUCCGUGCAACCAGAAGCCUUCCGUUCACUCAGUCAGUUGGAAUGGUUCAGUUUAUCACACAACAGAAUAAAAGAAUUCUACGACAAUGCUUUCGAAAGCCUGGGGAGGGUCAAAUAUUUUGAUCUGUCUCAAAAUGAGAUAAGGGUAAUCAACCCAUUGUGUUUUGCAAACUGCAGCAGUCUUGAAACUCUGUCAAUUGCACAUAAUAACAUAGGGAGAAUUCGUGAACAAGGUCUGUACGGACUGUUCAGUCUGAGGCAUUUCGAUCUAUCGCACAACAGACUCGCUCACCUCAGUCCAGACGUCUUUAUAAGCGGCGAUCUUCCGCCAGCGAACAAUCACGGCGGUACAGUCUGCUCAGAAUAUAAUUCACUCAGCUACAGUCUGAUCGUCUUGAAACUGGACAACAACGGAAUAAGUUCUCUGGACAAAUGUGUGUUUGUACCGACACGCGGUCUUCAAGAGAUCGGCCUGGGAGCAAACAAUUUAAGUGCGCUGGACCACAGAACUUUCCUUCCGUUAAGAGAUCUCACCAACCUGGACUUAAGCUUCAACAGACUCAGCGAAGUGGACGAUCUGGCAGCAGAAUGGAUGCUGCGGUCAGCAACUGCUGUUAAUCUCACAGGAAAUCCUUGGGACUGCACUUGUGGCGUGCUCUACAGUGCUUAUAAAGUACUACGCGCCGACAAAGAGAGAAAUAUCACUCUAGUCUGCGAACGCCCUGAAGAAGGCAGAGGAGAACCGUGGAAUGUCCUAGAAGAAAUAUGCGAACGAACAACAACGGAGGACAUCGCACGAACCUCAAAUUUUUCUGCGACAUACGAAGUAACGGGAACCGAAAUUUUAACCACGGCCGCCAUUUUGGUAAUUAAGGGCGGGUUUAAUCAUAAUUCUUCCUCAAAAGUAUCGUCCAUUAGGCCUUCUGCAAUAUUCGUCAUAUGCUUUGCCGUAGCAGUGUUUGUUGUCAUAAUAGCCGCGCUCAUAAUCACAAGAAAAAUUAAGAAACAAAACCUGAAUCACUUGUGGUGGGAGGACCAGGUCAAGAGGAGACAGCUCUUGUCGGAAUGAUCCUGAGUGGUCACAAAACCAAGUGGUAACUAUACGUGCCAAUUCCAUUAACACUCGAUGAUCCUGUGUUUUGCUGACACCCUGUUGUGUGUUUCGUAUGAUUUUUGUUAUAAACAGCGAUUAUUUUCUUAAACAGCGUUAACCAGUUGAUCUUUGUAACGGUGAAGGGGUGUGUUUUCUUUGCGGUACGGACUCGAUUCUUAAAUUUUAUAUUGGUGCUUCGAAGGGCUAAUGCCAAAGACCAUUGCGUUCAUAAACUCUAUGUGAAUUUCAAAGAAAUCAGAUGGAAUGGUCGUUGUCUAUUUCAAUAUAUUAUAUUUGAAUGGAAUGACUGAGGAAGACUACGAAAUACUUCAGUAAUGACGGCUCGUGAAUAACGUACCACUGUGGUAGCCUGCGAACGUCAGCAGCGAGGAAAUACUGUCAAGUAAGGAUCUGGAAGGACAUUACGGCACACGACAGGGAGACAUUUUUUGAAGUAAAAACUUUCCAGACGGGUUUAUUUUCUAGGGGUGAGUCCGUGCGAAGAACGGUACAGCGAUUUUCUAAAAUCUGCGUAGACUGCUCAUUCAUGAGUCAGUGAAUUUGAAUUUCUGUACACACGGAAAAAACUGGUUUCACCACGACGAGAUCAGAGAUUUCUAACGGCGUCUAAUGGCGACCUCACGUAUUUCCACCGCGGUGCGUCUCCGUGUGACAUUUUCUUAUAUCUUAAAUAUAUAAUUGAUUUACUACGAAUUAGUAGUGUUUUGACAGCAGGCCAAGACUCGAGCGCUCUCUCCACACUGAGUGUCCUUCAAACUUUCACCUUUCUAGCAAGACUAAUUAUAUACACAGGUCCUUGAACACGCGCCCUCGCUCAGUAUGCACCUCUGAAACGUCGGUAAACUUGUACAACGGAGCUACAACCGUGAAGUCAUCUGCAAUGUUUUAUCUGAAAA